AUGAUACCAAACUUGACCCUGAUCCCUGUGGCACAAAUGCCCCAACAAGUAGGCGUUCGGGUGUCCCAAGAUGACUGGACACGCAUCAUUGAUCGAAGCGCACGAAGAAAAUUGCAAAAUCGAAUCAACCAAAGGCUAUACAACAACGGCAUUCACAACGCGUCAAGGCUAGCAAAACCCCUAGAAAGAAGCAACAGUACUAUUAUCAGUAACUCUCACACAGCUAGUCGCAAUGAGGACAAAGAUACUGGCGAUGACUUCAGUUGUACAAUGGGACCAGUGAACAUCCGGUCCGUGAUGCGCGAUUUUGAAUCUCUAGCUCUUGAAAGCUAUUGGACGAACUCUCCAAACCGUAUGGCCAAGGAGUGGAUGAAUCACGACGGCGCUGUAUCUAUCUUCAGCAUGCAGGUUCCUGGAUUCUCUGAGACUCACAUUCCACUUAGCCUUCACAUCUUUCCCUUACCUAAUCUAAGGGAUAAUCCCAUUACUGUGCAAGAUGAUCUUGACGACGAAGAGUUAUGCCAUGAUCUGAUGGCUUUCUGGGAUACGCGGAACGCAGGUGCUAUGUUGUUGGUCUGGGGUCCGUCUUGGGAGCCCUGGAUCUGGGAAAUGACAGAGGCGUUUGUGAAGAAGUGGGGGUUCCUUCUAGACGGCUGUGAGGAACUUUUGGGAAGUACCAAUUAUUGGAGAAUGAAAAGGGGCGAGCGGCCGUUGUCUUUGCGAGACUUCUCCCUGCCCUAUAGAUUACAUCCUUUCUAG